CGUCCAUCAUUCCCUUGCUGUAUGCGUGAAUCCCUUCACUUGUGACCCCACCGAAAUACCGAAAAAAUCUUCUCAUUUCGAUACACAAAAUCUCCAACGAGAUCGUGCCCCAGCGGACGGCGGUGUGGGCAAUUCACCGAACCGAAAGUGCGUCUGGUGGGCACGACAAAAUGUGAUUGUGGUAUAAAAAGAUGAUGAGAGCUGGAGAUGGCUACCAUAAGAGCAUUUUGUGUGACCAGGAAGACUUGUCCGGGCUAGUCUUCAGUGCAGUGAAAUUCAGUUCUUUCUGUGAAACAAUUUUAGCUAAAAAAAAUUAACUUAGAAAUCAUGAAUAAAUUCUGUGUGAUUGGUGUGUUAGCUCUGGCUGCUGUUGUCUUGGCCGAGCCUCCAUCCUACCACCGUAGGCCAUCCACAUCGUACGGUGUGCCAUCAUCGAGCUAUGGUGCUCCCGCGGUGACAAUCAACAGCGGUGGAUUCGGGCAUGGUGGCAGUUUUGGACACAGCAGCGGUGGCUUUGGGCACAGCAGUGGUGGCUUUGGGCACAGCAGUGGUGGUUUUGGGCACAGCAGCGGUGGCUUUGGACACAGCAGUGGAGGAUUGUCUUUCAGCUCUGGUGGUUUCGGACACGGUGGUGGCUACAGCCAUGGUGGUGGCUACAGCCAUGGCGGUGGCUACAGCCACGGAGGAGAUCUUCAUGCUGGCUUAGGUAGUGGCUACCGUGCUGUGAGCCAUGGCUACCAAAGCAACGAAGGACAACACGUUGACCCGCAACUUCUGCACAAAGUCAAGCAAAUCCUCCUGGAUCAGGAGAAUCACGCUGAGGCUCAUCACGCUUCCUCCCACGGAGCUCUCUUCACCCCAUCUUCCGCCUACGGUGUCCCAUCUCACUCAUACGGAGCCCCAUCCCCAGUCUACGGUGUUCCCCAUCAUCAGACUCGCGUUGUUGGUAUUGAUCUUGGACAUGUGCGUCAGGGCAUCCAGGUGGCACAAUACCACCAGGAAUCCAUUGGACAUCACGAUGCCGGUGGCUACAGCUACCCAUCUUCCGGACAUGGUGGCUACUCUCUGCCAUCUUCCUCCUACUCUGCUCCAGCACUGCAUGCUCCUUCUUCAUCCUACGGAGCCCCUGCUCUUCACGCUCCUUCCUCAUCCUACGGAGCUCCAGCUCUUCAUGCUCCAUCUUCCUCCUACGGUGUACCACACCACUAAGUCAAUCUUCCACCCAUCUCUCCCAUCACUUUAUUCACACAAACAAAAAAACAAACCCAAAAGAUCUCCAAACUUUCACAACAUUUACUUCCUCUUCGUUUCCAAUCACCCCCUUCAGAGCAACUUCCUGUGGCGAGUGAAGACAACAACAACGAAAAGAAAAAUGAAAAGAAAUCCCGACGAAGAAGACUUUUGUAAAUAAAAUGAAAUUUAUUUUUGUAAAUAAAAUGCAAAAUAAUGAAAUACAAAGAAAA